GCGAUUGUGCGCCGGAGGCUGAUAACGCCCGCGGCCAUCCGCACGAUGCCGUGAUGCGGCAGAGAAGCGGAAUUGUCCCUGCGAGCACACCCCGGUUGUGGGGAGCCCUGCAGCCUCGGAGGCGCGUGGCGUGAAGGCAGGUUACGGUUUGAGAGCUAUUCUCUCGAAGCCCCUCACGGGUGGGGGAGGGGCGGCCGCUGCCGAGUGGGUCCCGUGUGCGCCUGCGCUGGCUCCUCUGCCGCCCAGUCCGCACGGACGCGCAUGCCCACAGUUCGCGGGGCCCGCCGUAGUCGAGAGCAUUGCGCAUGUGCGUAGAGAAGCCCGCUAAGGAGCGGCGCUGGCGGAGGUCGGACGGGCAGGCGGUGACGUCGUGAGGAGCGCUUUAAAGUGCGGGCCGGGCCGGCGUCUGAGGGUCUGAUCCCGAGUCUGGCCGAGCCUCCGCGACCGCCUUCCGCGGCAUGAGGUGCCGCCGGCGUCCUUCCUCCUCUGGACGUGGAGAAGGUGGAGGAGGAGGAAACCCCGCUGUCGCCUGUGCUGCAUGACCCGCCGCUGCCGAGGCGCGACCCCUUCCCGGCUCUUCACCGCCCCCCGGGUCCUUGACCCACUCAUGGGGGCCCGGCCCUGAGGACCCCCGUUCCCUCCCGGGCCCCCGGGCGCGUCCCGCGAGAGCCAUGCCCGGCCGCCCCGGAGGUCCCUAGAGCUGUGUCGCGGGGGCCAUGGCGGCCGCCAGCGGCUACACGGACCUGCGUGAGAAGCUCAAGUCCAUGACGUCCCGGGACAACUACAAGGCGGGCAGCCGAGAGGCCGCUGCAGCCGCCGCCGCCGCGGUCGCCGCCGCCGCAGCCGCCGCGUCCGCCGCCGAGCCGUACCCGGUGUUGGGAACGAAACGCAAAUACCAGGAGGACUCGGACCCGGAACGCAGUGACUACGAGGAGCAGCAGUUGCAGAAGGAGGAGGAGGCGCGCAAGGUGAAGAGUGGCAUCCGGCAGAUUCGGCUCUUCAGCCAGGACGAGUGCGCCAAGAUCGAGGCCCGCAUCGACGAGGUGGUGUCCCGCGCGGAGAAGGGCCUGUACAACGAGCAUACGGUGGACCGGGCCCCGCUGCGCAACAAGUACUUCUUCGGCGAGGGCUACACGUACGGCGCCCAGCUGCAGAAGCGCGGGCCUGGCCAGGAGCGCCUCUACCCGCCGGGCGACGUGGACGAGAUCCCUGAGUGGGUGCAUCAGCUGGUGAUCCAGAAGCUGGUGGAGCACCGCGUCAUACCCGAGGGCUUUGUCAACAGCGCAGUCAUCAACGACUACCAACCCGGCGGCUGCAUCGUGUCUCACGUGGAUCCCAUCCACAUCUUCGAGCGCCCCAUUGUGUCCGUGUCGUUCUUCAGCGACUCGGCGCUGUGCUUCGGCUGCAAGUUCCAGUUCAAGCCGAUCCGGGUGUCCGAACCUGUGCUUUCCCUGCCGGUGCGCAGGGGGAGCGUGACUGUGCUCAGUGGGUAUGCUGCUGAUGAAAUCACUCACUGCAUAAGGCCUCAGGACAUCAAGGAGCGUCGGGCGGUCAUCAUUCUCAGGAAGACAAGAUUAGAUGCACCGCGGUUGGAAACAAAAUCCCUGAGCAGCUCCGGAUUGCCACCCAAUUAUGCUUCAGAACGUUUGUCAGGAAACAACAGGGACCCUGCGCUGAAACCCAAACGUUCCCACCGGAAGGCAGACCCUGAUGCUGCCCACAGGCCCCGGAUCCUGGAGAUGGACAAAGAAGAAAAUCGACGUUCAGUGCUUCUGCCCACACACCGGAGGAGGGGUAGCUUUAGCUCUGAGAACUAUUGGCGCAAGUCUUACGAAUCCUCAGAGGAUUGCCCGGAGGCAACAGGCAGCCCCGCCCGCAAGGUGAAGAUGCGGAGGCACUGAGGCCCUGUGCCCUCCUGGAACUCUGGCUAAUCUUCAUGUAGCUGUCCCAUCUUCUGUUUUGUUUGAGGGUUUUUGUUUUUGUUAUUUUGAUCCUACAUACUUUUUCCUUGCUUUGUUGCCCAUUAAGGCUGAAGAACAGAAUUGGCCCAAGACCUGGGUUCUUGUGUUCUGGGCUUUCCUCCUGGAUGGGAAGGCAAUCUUGACUUCUGUAGGGGACAGCUCACACCAGAAUAGCCAGUAGAGAUGUUGGGAACAACCAUUGUCAAGUGGAGCUGUGUCAGGCUGGGUUUAUUUAAACAUAACAAAAUGUUUUGGUUAAGGAAUUCUUGUUUUGGCUUUAAAUGUAAAUCUUUGCAGUGUUCUAAACAAAGUUCGUUCUUCUGCCAGCCCUUUCCUCCACUGGAGUUCAUGCUUGGUUGAGAUCUCUUGGAGCCUUACAGGCCCUGUGUCAGGCUGCUACCCCUACUUCUCACCGGCUAUCCAGGCCCUGGAAGCUCAUGCAAAUACCUUCUUCCCCACUAUUCAGGUCGGAUGGGUGGUUGUUCAGGGCUUAGACAGUGCCAGUCCCUGCCACCCCAAAGUUAUUGCUGAGUCCCCAGGCUUCCUGCACGCCCUCUGGCUUCUCUGCCCACCAAUUCUUGGGCUGUCAAGGGGCUAGCACAGUGGUCCUGACCUCUCUUGCCAAGAACAUGCCUCUCUGCUGAGUUGCUCCUUUCAGGCAUAUGUGUGUGAUUGUAUGGAACAGUUAGACUUGCCAUGUUGGCCAUUUGUAGGAAUUGUUUCUAGCUAGAAGAACUGGUUUGCGUCCAAGCCUAGCAUUUGGGGUAUGGGAACUUGUGUGUGGUAGGGCUUUUGUUUUCUUUUGUUUUGAGGUAUUUCCCCCUCCCUUUGGUCUCUUGGCUUUUCUCCUAUUUCUUUCCUUUCUCCUCAGUUGGUCAGCUUGGGCCUUCUUCCCCAUGUCAUCCCUCUAAGAAGGUACACCCUCUCUGUUUGCCUACAGCAUAUAUCCAAGACAAGAAGUUAAACAUCUGCAGACUGGGUUGGUACCUUCUCUGCCUUGAGCAUGGAUGCUGGAGAAGGGGCUUCAAAAAAUAAUAAAAGGAAAAUAUAAAUAAAAAGGUAAAGUCGUUGGCAGUUUCUACCCACUCAGAUCCUGGAAGGCUGCAGGGUUUUGCUGAUCUAGAGUUAUUAGGAAUGUCUUUUUGGCAGCUAGUCCAGGACCUGGGCCUGCCACAACAGAGGCCUUGCAAGCAACCAUGCCACCACCACUUCAGGGGUAUACAGAGGCCUUACCCUAAGGCCUCAAGAGGCUAUGGAAAUCUGGGGCCGUCAACUAUCAAGAAACCCCUCCCUGGGGCCAGAACUCCUUUGCUAGUCUGGAUCCCUCAAGUCAGGACUGCAUAAUUAAAGCAGUUGCAGGGUUGUUUUUUUGUUUUUGUUUUUUUACAGCUUUUUUCCCAAAAAUGAUUUGUAGUUGUGUGUGCAGCACUUUGCCCUGAUAUGUGUGUGCUCUACAAUAAAAACCAAAUCUAAUAUAUUUUGAAA